AUGUCAUCGCCCCAAUGGACAUCUGAACCAAGGGUAUUUCCGCCUGCUGGCUUCGGUUUGCUGGAUACCUCCGUGAAGAUCGAGGAAGAGACGUUACCAACCUAUCAGCCGGAGAAAUACUAUCCAACGCAGAUAGGAGAUGUGCUCGAUAAUAGAUACCAAGUCCUCGCUAAGUUAGGCUACGGUGUCACGUCAACUGUUUGGUUUGGUCGUGACUUGGUCGAGUCCAAAUACGUCGCUCUGAAGAUCUUCGUAAAGGACAGGGAGAGAAACCAUGAACUAGAUAUCUAUAACCGUAUCAACUCGGUGGAGACUGAUCAUCCAGGAAGGAGGUUUAUUCGCAAGCUACUCAAUCAUUUUACUAUCGCCGGCCCCCAUGGCCAACAUAUUUGCCUUGUCCAUGAGCCUUUAGGAAUCAGUGCAAGCGAGGUGAUGAAAUGGAUGCCUGGGCAAGUGAUGUCCCUCGAGGACCUAAAACCUUGUAUACGGCAGUUACUUGUGGUAUUGGAUUUCUUGCAUUCUUUAGCGCACGUGGUUCAUACGGAUAUUCAAUUGAAGAACCUCCUUCUUCCCACACCGAUGCCAAAGGCUCUUUCCGACUUUGAAGAAAAGCAGAUAAAGGCACAACCACCAAGGAAGGUCCUACCAGACCGCACCAUCUACAGGUCGUCACGUUUUCCUCCUGGCGAUGGGUUACCCCUUCUGAGUGACUUUGGUGAAGCUAGAUUUGGUGACGAAGCGCAUAACGAAGACAUUAUGCCAAAUCCCUUUCGGGCACCUGAAGUUAUUCUGAAGUCGAGCUGGGAUUACAAGGUAGACAUCUGGAGUGUUGCCAUGGUUGCAUGGGAUAUUGUUAGCACGUUUACUCUGGUUUAUGGAAAGAACACAGACGGUGUAUUUGAUGACCGCGUCCAUCUUGCCGAAUUAGUUGCACUUCUCGGCUCUCCCCCACCCGAGUUUCGCCAACGAAGCCACCUUAGUUCUGUGUUUUGGGAUCACGGAGGUGAAUGGAAGGGAUUGGCCCCGAUACCUGAUAGGACACUGGAAGGUUUGGCCAUCGAUGUCAAGGGCGAGGACAAAGAAGGCUUCUUGCGAUGGCUCCGACGGGCCUUGCAAUGGAAUCCCGAUGACCGACCAACAGCUCUAGAGCUCCUGUACGAUGAAUGGAUGAUGAAGGGACUAAAACUAGGCAAUGCUAGCGGAAGUGCUACGUCUAAGGGUUGA